CUCCCCCUCUCUCCCUGGAAUGAGUACAGGCGCAUGUAAGUUCUGUGUGGCUGCAUUACACCCUCUCAAAUUCUGCGCCUACCUGACACCAGAAUCACCUUCCUGAUUUCAGCUCUCUCUCUCUCUCUCUCUCUCUCUUUCUCUCUCUUCAGGUAUCAUUCAUGUAUAUGUACGUAUCAUUUCCAUGAUACAUCCAUGGCCCAUCGUAUAUCAUCCAUCAAACCCUCCUCUCCAAGACCUCUCAUGGCUCCUUUCCCACUUCUCUCUCUCAUCUUCUAUCUCUCCUUUGCAACUCUCUCCUUCUCUUCUGAACCUAUCAACCAAGAAGUGCAAGCUUUGAUCAGUAUCAGAACAGCUUUGAACGAUCCUCAUGGGGUUUUGAGCAACUGGGAUGAAGACUCGGUCGACCCUUGUAGCUGGGCCAUGAUCACAUGCUCUUCUGAGAAUCUGGUUAUUGGGCUGGGAGCUCCAAGCCAAAAUCUAUCUGGAACUUUGUCUGGAAGGAUUGGAAAUCUCACUAAUCUCCAGCAAGUGUUAUUGCAGAACAACAAUAUAAAUGGGCAAAUUCCAGCAGAGCUUGGAAAGCUUCCUAAGUUACAAACCUUGGAUCUCUCUAAUAACCGGCUUUCAGGAAUCGUUCCGGACUCGCUGGGUCAACUCGCGAGUCUUCAAUACCUGAGACUGAACAAUAACAGCUUGUUUGGAGCUUUUCCUGUGUCUUUAACGAAAAUCCCUAAACUUGCUUUUCUGGAUUUGUCUUAUAACAAUCUCACAGGACCUGUACCCAAGUUUCCCGCCAGAACAUUCAAUAUUGUAGGAAAUCCUCUGAUAUGUAGAAGCGAUUCUCCUGAAGAUUGCCCGGGAACAAUCUCAACCGUUCCUCUUCCUGCCUUUCUCGAUUCAUCUCUGAGAAAGUCCAAGACAGUAAAACUAGCCGUUGCAAUCGGAGCCAGUCUCGGGUCCACCUUCCUCCUCUUCUUAGCAACCCUCCUCUUCAUCUGGUGGCGAAAGAACAAGAGAACCCAAAUGGUACUCGACAUCAACGACAAGCAAGAGGAAGGAAUGAUACGGCUAGGAAACCUGCGGGUGUUCCAUUUCAAGGAGCUCCAGACGGCCACCGAUAAUUUCAGUGGGAAGAAUAUUCUCGGCAAAGGAGGAUUUGGGAAUGUUUACAGGGGCAUUUUGGGAGAUGGGACGAUCGUGGCCGUCAAAAGGCUGAAAGAUGUUGGGAGUAGUGGGACCACGGGCGAGGGGCAGUUUCGGACAGAGGUUGAGAUGAUUAGUCUGGCGGUGCACCGAAAUCUCCUGCGCCUGCUUGGAUACUGCGCCACCUCAAAUGAAAGAUUGCUCGUCUACCCUUACAUGUCUAACGGGAGUGUUGCUUCGCGGCUGAGAGGAAAGCCAGCACUAGACUGGAAUACCAGGAAGAGGAUUGCACUGGGCGCAGCUCGAGGUCUUCUCUAUCUUCACGAGCAAUGCGAUCCGAAGAUCAUCCACCGCGACGUGAAGGCUGCUAACAUACUCCUGGACGAUUUCUGCGAGGCCAUCGUCGGCGAUUUCGGCCUUGCGAAGCUGCUCGAUCACAGCGACUCGCACGUGACCACGGCGGUCAGGGGCACGGUAGGCCACAUCGCGCCCGAGUACCUGUCAACGGGUCAGUCGUCGGAGAAGACAGACGUGUUUGGUUUCGGGAUCCUGCUGUUGGAGCUUAUCACAGGGCAACGGGCGUUGGAUUUCGGCAAGUCGGCGAACCAGAAGGGCGCUAUGUUGGAGUGGGUGAAGAAAGUACACCAAGAGAAGAAGCUGGAUCUUCUAGUGGACAAGGACCUUCAGAUGAGCUACGAUCGGAUCGAGGUCGGUGAGAUGGUUCAGGUGGCCCUCCUAUGCACUCAAUACCUCCCAGCCCACCGACCCAGAAUGUCAGAAGUGGUCCGGAUGUUGGAAGGCGACGGUCUAGCUGAGAAAUGGGAAGCCUCUCAAAAGAAAGCCCAGACCACCACCACACCCCAAUAUGUCCCUCACAACACCUUACUUGGUGAUGAUGGUGAUGUCCAUGCUCACAUGCUUGUCAUGAUGGACGGUGAUGAUGAAAAUGGCCAUGAUGUUGAGGCAAUGGAGCUCUCUGGCCCCAGAUGAUGAGUUUUCUCAUACCCAUAUAACAGAUUUAAAGAAUUUUAUGUUAAUAAUCCUGAUGUGAAAAUUGAUGUUGGUUUUCGUAGAUUCUGAUGGACGGUGAUGAUGGCUUAACAGCUGACCAUUUGACCCUUUUUAUUCUUUCCUCUGCAAGGUGUGUUACCAUGUAAUUUUCUGGUGGUGUUUGAUUUUACUUGAUAGAUCUUUGUUUUUCUUCUUUGUAUAUGGAAAGACCGGAAGAAUUUGAAAUAUUUCAUUGUGGUGUGAUCCCAUCA